AUGGCUUCCGACAGCGCUUUCGAGGGAUGGUGCGGUCUUGCGCCUGACAGCGCUGAUGGCAAGAUGGUCUGGCAGGGCUAUGAUCCUAAGCCAUGGGAGGAGAAUGAUGUUGACAUUGAGAUCUCCCACUGCGGCGUCUGCGGCAGCGACAUGCACGUCCUCCGCUCCGGCUGGGGUCCCACCGACUACCCCGUUGUCGUCGGCCACGAAAUCGUGGGCAAAGCCAUCCGCGUAGGCUCGUCCGUCACCUCCGGCAUCAAAGUCGGCGACCGCGUCGGCGUAGGCGCCCAGUCCGGCUCCUGCCUCCGCGGCGACUGCGACCAAUGCCAGCACGACGACGAGCAGUACUGCAAAAACGCCUUCACCAUGACCUACGGCUCCAAAUACCCCUCCGGCGCCAAAGCCCAGGGCGGCUACGCCAAGUUCUGGCGCGGACAAGGCCACUUCGUCUUCAAGAUCCCGGACGCCAUCCCCUCCGAAGAAGCCGCGCCCAUGCUCUGCGGCGGCGUCACCGUCUACGCGCCCCUCAAACAAAACGGCGUCGGCCCGGGCAAACGCGUGGGUGUCAUCGGCAUCGGCGGCCUGGGCCACAUGGGCAUCCAGUUCGCCAAAGCCCUAGGCGCCGACCGCGUGGUCGCCAUCUCACGCAACCUAUCCAAGAAAGACGACGCCCUCGCCCUCGGCGCCGACGAGAUGAUCGCGACCGAAGACCCAGACUUCUCAGCCGCGCACGCCUCCUCCCUCGACGUCAUCCUGUGCACCGUCUCAUCCCCCAAAAUGCCCAUGUCAGGCUACCUCAACCUGCUGGACGUCGGGGGGACGUUUGUGCAGCUGGGCGUGCCGGACGACGAGCUGCCGCCCUUUUUGGCGUUUGCGCUCAUCAUGAAGAAGGCGAAGAUUACGGGCAGUUUGAUCGGGAGUCCCAAGGAGAUUCGGGAGAUGUUUGAGCUCGCGGCGGAGCAGAAGGUGAAGCCGUGGGUGCAGGAGAGGAAGAUGAGCGAGGCGAAUCAGGUCGUGGUGGAUUUUGAGAAGGGGUUGCCGAGGUAUCGGUAUGUUUUGGUAAACUAG